GUGUGUGUGUGUGUUUGUCUGAACGGAGCACGAAACGUGUCUAUGAGGAAAGACACACACCCCAACGUGAGAUGUACUAGCUAGAUAACGGUUUUUUGUAUUGAAAGUUUUAUUUUUACUACCCCGAGAUUGGUUCGAUGCUGUACCUCAUACGGCGCGGCAUUUCGCAGGAAUUAUUGAUUUCGUUUCUUCUAAAGACUGUCCGCUCCUCCUCCUCCCCUCGAUGAAGCGCUGCGAUGCCCUCUGAUUUUAUAUCCCUCCUUAGCACGGAUAUCGACCUUAAUUCCCCUAAAUCUCUAUACUCGAAAGAGUCAGUAUAUGACCUCCUCCCCAAAGAGCUCCAGCUCCAGUCACCGUCCACCCAGACAGACCCACCCACCAUGAGCCAGAAGAGUGGGGGAGAGGCAGGACCUCCCCCCUCCACAGCCUUGGCUGCAGAUGCCACCUCAUCCACCUCCAGUUCUUCUGCUUCUUCUUCCCUGGCCAUGGGACCUUCAUCCAGCGGCCUCUCUACCUCAACCUCAGACCGUCUCACAGUUGCUCAACAUCUCCACUCCACUGGAGGCGAUGGAGCUGCAGCUUCAGAGAUACAAGGUAUGGAGGCUGCCGGAUCUGCCCCCAGCAGAGGCAACAGUGGGGCGAACGCCACAGCAGGAGACAUAGGGUCAGGAGUGAUGUCAGGACUAAGUGUGCAGCAGCUUCACAACACCCCAUCAAAACGAAGGCCUGUAUUGAGCAUAUCUCCACCACCUGAGGACCUGUUUGACGACAGCCAAAUGUCUUGCCAAGAGGAACCCACCGUAUCAGGCGCACCAGUUCCAGACUCGGAGCACAGCAACAGCAUGUGGGCUGAUGAUUCUGUCUCCAACUUCAGCGUGAUCAGCUCCAUUUCAUACAAUGACAACACAGAAGUUCCACGCAAGUCCAGAAAACGCACGCCUCGCCAGCGACCCGGCCCCAAGCCCACUCCUCCAGAGAACAGCAUGGAUGUGUUUGAUGCUGACAGCGCCAAGGGUCCUCAUUUUGUCCUAUCACAGCUGGGCACAGACAAGGCUAGCUCUCUUGAUUCAGGGACUGCAGUGAAAGGUGGGUCACUGUCUGCCCAGUACCCUUCUAGGAGUGAUGGAAAGGAACUAAAGAUCCUGGUGCAGCCAGAGACCCAGCACAGAGCUCGCUAUCUGACUGAAGGCAGCAGAGGUUCUGUUAAAGAUCGCACGCAGCAAGGAUUCCCCACGGUCAAGCUAGAAGGUGUUAAUGAGCCAGUUAUGCUGCUGGUGUUUGUGGCAAAUGAUGCAGGCAGAGUGAAGCCUCAUGGUUUCUACCAGGCAUGCAGAGUAACGGGACGAAACACCACUGCCUGCAAAGAGGUGGACAUAGAGGGAACCAUGGUUAUAGAGAUCCCGUUGGAGCCAAGCAAUGACAUGACGCUCGCGGUUGACUGUGUCGGAAUUUUAAAGCUACGUAAUGCAGACGUUGAGGCGCGUAUCGGUGUGGCAGGUUCCAAGAAGAAGAGUACACGUGCCAGGUUGGCCUUCAGAGUCAACAUCCCCCAGUCUGACGGAUCAUUCCUUACUUUACAGGUCCCCUCAUCACCCAUCCUCUGCACCCAGCCAGCUGGAGUGCCAGAGAUCCUGAAGAAGAGUCUUCACAGCUGCUCGGUUAGAGGAGGGGAGGAGGUUUUUAUAAUUGGAAAAAACUUUCUCAAAGGAACCAAAGUUAUACUUCAGGAAAACCCUGCAGAUGAUAAUUCCUGGCAAGCUGAGGCCAAGAUUGACAUGGACCUUUUUCAUCAGAAUCAUUUGGUCGUGACAGUCCCUCCAUUCCACAACCAGUCGAUCACUUCUCCUGUGUCUGUGGCAAUUUUUGUGAUGACCAAUGCUGGCAAAUCACAUGAGGCCCAGCUCUUCACAUACACUCCUGAGCCAGCUGAUAAUUCAAAUGUCCAGACAAUAAAAACAGAGGGGUCCUCCCUGGUGGAGACCUGUAUAUUUGAUGGUCAGAUCAAAUCUUUGUCCCCUGAGCAAACUGACUGCUCUGAUCAGCCUUCCAAACGGCAGGAGGACACACCUAUGGAAGUGUCUAGCAAUCCUUCACCCACAGACGUUUUCAAGUCAUCCCCUGACCCGCUCAUCUCCGUGCAGCAGACCCUGGAGCUCAACUCUAGUCCUCAUCCAAGUGGCGGGUCUUUUGAGAGCCCAAUGCCCCUCCAGCCUGAAGAUGUAGAGCUUCCCCAAGCACCUCCUGUCUUCUCUGGUCUAGAGUCUCUCAGCGCCAUACAAAAGCAAGAUAUUAGUUCCACAACCUCCUUCCCAGUUUCAGGAGAUACCACUAUCCCCCCUGUAACACCAGAGGUUCCUCAGCAAAUCCUUAGAGAUCCUCAGGAAAGCUUGUCUCCUGAAAGCUCUGAUAAUAGUGGAAGCAUUGUGGUUGUAGCCAUGCCUCAAAUUGGAGCUCCUUCUCAACCACAACCCCAACAGUCACAGGUAUCCCUGUUUCCUCAGGAAGGAGUGGCCCAACUUGAGAGGGCAGUGAGGGAGCUGCAGGCUGGAAGUAACCCCACGCUCCAGCAGGUGCUGGAAGCAGCUGUAGUGCAGCAGCAGCUGAAUUCUGUCCUUUACAGCCCCACACCUUCUGCAGAAUCCUUACAGCAGCAUGUUCAGGAGAACAUGAACAGCCUCAGAUUGGGAACCACAGAAAAUUCGCUGUCUGCUCAGCAGCAGUUACAGAUGCAGCAGCAGCAACAACAAAUGCAGCAGCAGUUUCAGCAACAUCAACUUCAGCAACAACAGCAAAUCCUUGAAAACCUACAGCAGCAGCAACAGCAGCAGCAGCAAGUUCUCAACAACAUGCAGCUCCAACAACAACUUAUAUUACAGCCCCAAGAUCAACAACUGCAGCAGCAGCAAAUCAUUGAGAACAUUGCACAGCAGCAGCUGCAACAAAAUCAGCAACAAGUACUUAACAACAUUCAGCUUCAGGAUCAGCAACAACAAAAUCAAAUGUUUGCUAAUUUACAACAGCAUCAACUACAACAGCAGCAGCAGCAGCAAAAUCAAGCAUUGAGUAACUUACAACAGCAACAACAGCUGCAGGAGCAGCAGGUCUUAGAGAAUCUGCAGCAGCGCUUACAAGCCGAGCUGCUUCAGCCACAGAUUCACUCCUCUGCCCAAACACAGCAGCCUGUCUCCCUCCUGCAGCAGGCUGGGGAGCUGCUUACCAUUCAGACCAGCUUUCCAACACAGCCUCCGUCCCACACAUCGCCCCCACAACAACUCUUCCAGUCACCCAGACCUCUGGCUGAGGCCCAGAGUACUCAACAGCAGGUCCAGGCUGCCCUGCUUCAAAACACACUGAGUGUUCUCACUGGUGGGAGUCUCAGCUCAGAGCAACCGACCACAGCCUCGACCAUAUAUCUGUCCACAAAUCAGCCCCAACAGCAGCAGCAGCAGCCACAGCUGGCAUUCAUCUCUUCUAUGGAGACCUCUAACAACCAGCCCCAGUCAGUUUCAAUGUUUCAGAACGAACCCCGAGCUCAGCUUUCCCAGAUGCAGCCACUGAGCACCCCAAUGGAGCAGCAGCAGUCCCCACAGCAAAACCAACAGCAGCCACAACAAAUUCCAAUGAGCCAGCAGGCCUCUCUGUUCCAGACUAUUCCAAACCACUCACAAACAAACCCUGUCCCCCACAGCCAAAUUACACAACCCCAACAAACAGGCCUGCUUCUCUGUACUACAGAUCUAAAUCCACAAGCUAUUCUCUUCAGUACCCAGAGUCAAGGUCCUUCCCCUAUAGGAAGCAUUAGUGUUGGAAUCUCCCAGCCAGACUCCACAGAGCCCAUGUCCUUCCAAGUCCAGAGCUCUUCAGGCAGCAACUCAUCAUCCCCUGCAAACCAACAGCAGAGUUUAUUUCAGGAACAGCAGCCAAUGCAAGUGACGCCAAGUCCCAACCAAGUCCCCAGCAAUCAACCUAUGAAGCUGUUCAUACCGCAGACAUCUCUGUCGAGCUUGCAGGGCACCAUCGGCUCACAAGAGCUGAACACAGAAGCUUCAGCUCCUGCUGCGACCAUCUUUGUGGUUCAAGGUGGCAUGGGUGUGGUUGCCAACCCGGGUCAGCAGCCCUCGGAGCAGCUUUUCCAGACUACGGUUGGUGGCCCUGUAGCUCCACAAGGACAGCCCAAACUGUUUCUUUUUGGCAUCCAGAAUGACUCGUCCCAGUUGCUCAGUUCUUCUGGACCAAGCCUGCCUGCGCAGAACCAGACCCAGAGUUCCGGUCACAUGCAGCCCCUGUUGGAUCAGCCCAUGGCUCAAGCUGCCUCCAGCGUGCACAGCAACUUGCAAAACACCCUUCAGGCACAAAUGCAAACCAGCCUAGAGAAUGCAAUGCAGCCAAACACACAAACAGCUCCGCAGUCCGGUUUACAGGUAUCCUUAGAAUCAAGUCUGCCAACUCCCAUGCAGACAAGUCUACAGACACAGAUACAGAGCAGCUUACAGAAUCAAAUGCAGGCUUCUAUAUCUACAACAUCUAGCAUGGAUAAGUUUGAGGACCUGCUGGAAAGCUUACAGAAGCAGUGAGAAAUGUUUGAAGAAGCCUUGAGGAGGCUCUUCGUUAUGUAGCUGAAAGUUAUGUUUUGUAAAAUCAGCAAACACAAAGGCGGUGUCUUUGUGGCAAUGCUAUCAAUCUUG